ACCGACGUCAUUUUCAACAUCAACGGCAAAUCUUAUACCGCUAAAUCUGGCACUGUUCCAGUGGACACUUCACUCAAUACUUUUAUUCGCAACUAUGCACAUCUCUCCGGAACAAAGUUCAUGUGUCUGGAGGGAGGAUGUGGCGCGUGUAUCGUAAACGUAUCCGGAGUCCAUCCCGUCACGAAGGGGACUAGAACGUGGUCGGUGAAUUCGUGUUUGUUUCCUGUGUACGCAUGCCAUGGCAUGGAUGUCAAAACGGUCGAGGCGUUGGGCAACCGGCUGGACGGUUACCAUCCGAUCCAGGAGCGACUGGCGCAUAUGAACGGAAGCCAGUGUGGAUACUGCUCGCCGGGCAUGGUGAUGACCAUGUACUGCUUGAUGGAAUCGAAGAAGGGUUCCGUUUCGAUGGAAGAGGUCGAGAAUGCUCUCGGGGGUAACAUCUGCCGCUGUACCGGGUACCGGCCGAUCCUGGAUGCGUUCAAGUCGCUCACCUCCGAUGCCGACAAGGAACUGCUGGACAUUGAGGAGCUUCGGAUUUGUCCCAAAACAAAGACGGCGUGCUCUGGAAAGUGUCCAUCUGUUGCUUGUGAAGUCGAUCCAGUGCGUCCCAUCCAAAUCGUGUUUGACGAUAAUCGAGAGUGGCAUAGGGUAUACACUGUGUAUGAAAUAUUUUGGAUAUUCGGCACAAUUGGAUCGAAACCAUACAUGCUUGUCGGAGGGAAUACAGCCCAUGGUGUCUAUCGUCGAAAUGAUGCCCUACAAAUUUUCAUCGACGUCAACUCUGUCGAAGAGCUUCGUAGCCAUUACCUGAGUUCAAACGAGCUCUUCAUAGGUGCGAACGUAACAUUGUCAGAGUUUAUGCAGAUCCUAUCGAAGGUAGCACGUAAGAGACCCAGCUUUACCUACUGCCAAGAGAUGGCCAAACACCUUAAUCUGGUGGCAAGCCUCGCUAUACGCAACACCGGUACGAUCGCGGGGAAUCUGAUUACUAAAAAUCAACAUCCAGACUUUACAUCAGAUCUUUACAUUCUACUUGAAGCUGUCGGCGCAAAGUUGACGAUAAUCGAUUCCCUAAUUUUUACCUACCAGAAGACUCCGUAUGAAUUUACACAGAUCGACAUGACAAAAAAACUACUUAAAGGCAUUUCCUUGCCACUGAUCCCUGCCAACAGGAGUGUCUUCCGAUCGUAUAAAGUGACACCACGUGCUCAAAAUUCUCACGCUUACGUUAAUGCUGCCUUCCUGUUGAACUUCAAUAGCGACAAAAACACCGUCAACUCGGCAACACUCUGUUUUGGAGGCAUUCAUCCCAAGUUUACCCAUGCGAACCGCACGGAACAAUUUCUCACAGGGAAACGGCUGAUCGAUGAUAGAACACUACAGCAAACCCUCAACGUGCUCGCCUCGGAGAUACAACCCAAUUCGAGCUUGGAGAAUGCUUCAUCCGAAUAUCGAAAGAAUCUUGCAAUCGCCCUUUUUUACAAAUGCAUUCUUAGUGUAGCGAUGGAGAACGGUGUCGCCAUAAGUCCUAGGUUUACAUCCGGGGCGUCUAGCCUGGAGCGUCCUUUGUCAUCUGGCCAACAAACAUUUGAUACUAUCGAGAAAAACUGGCCAUUAACGAAAAACGUUCCGAAACUCGAAGGUCUAGCGCAGGUAUCCGGUGAGGCGAAGUAUACGAAUGAUAUGCCACCCUUUCCCGGUGAGCUGCACGGUGCAUACGUCGUAGCGACACGGCCGCACAGUAUGAUCGGGAAAAUCGAUCCUUCAGAGGCGCUGAAACGCUCCGGAGUUGUUGCAUUUUACUCUGCCAAGGACAUCCCCGGGAAAAAUAGUUUCGUUGCCGAUGGCAUGGUUAUACCGUUCCCGGAUGUGGAGGAGAUUUUUUGCAGCGGUCGCGUACUAUUUUACGGCCAACCAGUCGGUAUGAUUGUGGCGGAGCGAUACGACCAAGCGAUCGAUGCCGCCAAAAAGGUGAAGAUCAUCUACGAACGGGGUUCUGAUAUCCCCGGGAUAAUCCCUACCUUGAAGUCCUGGAUGGACUUACAAGCCACUACGAAGAACGUAGAGCACAUAGCUCCGAAACAAAGCAAUCAAACUACGACCCUGGCUGAAACCAGGCACAUUUCCGGUACGAUCGAAAUGGCUGGGCAGUACCAUUACACGAUGGAACCACAGACUUGCGUGUGCGUACCGAUUGAGGAUGGCAUGGACAUCUACUCCGCCACGCAGUGGAUCGAUCUCUGCCAGGUGGCGGUAGCGGCCGCACUCAAGGUGCCAGAGAACAGCCUCAACUUUACCGUCCGACGUCUAGGUGGCGCAUACGGCGCAAAACUGACACGCGCAAGCCAGAUUGCGUGCGCAUGUGCCCUCGCCGCGCACCUGACCAAACGUCCGGUAAGGGUUGUGCUGAACAUCGAGUCGAACAUGGCGACGGUGGGCAAGAGAAGCGGCUGCAUUGGCAACUAUGAUGUAGAUGUGGACGAAAAGGGUACCGUCUUGAAGCUAACCAACCACUUCAUGCAAGACUUUGGUUCAUCCCGGAACGAUAAUUUGCUGGAUUUCACAACCGAAGCGUUCAAACUGGCGUACAAUUCGAGCGCUUGGAAGAUCAAAGGGGAUUUUGUGCUAACCGAUGCUCCAUCGACUACCUGGACGCGCGCGCCGGGCACAACCGAGGGCGUUGCCAUGAUCGAGACGAUCAUGGAGCACAUCGCGUGGGUUACUGGCGUUGAUCCGAUGCAGGUACGGUUGGCGAACAUGCCGAAGGAAAGUAAACUGCCUCAGAUGAUGCCCCAGUUCCGGCUGGAUGUGGACUUUGAUAGGCGGAAGCAAUUGAUCGACGAUUUUAAUGCCAACAACCGUUGGCGCAAGCGGGGCAUUGCAAUGAUCCCUAUGCACUACCCGAUGGUACACUUUGGCACAUUGCACGUUCUCAUUUCUAUCUACGCCAAGGAUGGGUCCGUAUCGAUCACACACGGUGGGAUUGAGAUGGGACAAGGUAUCAACACGAAGGUGGCACAGAUUGCCGCCUAUGUUUUGGGUGUUCCGUUGGAAAAGGUCGCUGUCAAACCAACCAUUGAUCGGGCUUCACCGAAUUGCGUGAUGACCGGUGGUAGCAUGGCAAGCGACGCUGUAGGCUAUGCCGUAAAGAAGGCAUGCGAAACUCUCAACACCCGUAUCCAACCCGUCAAGGAUGAGCUCAAGAAUGCCUCCUGGGAAACGGUUACACAGACCUGCUACACACGAAACAUUGGUCUCUGUGAGUUGUUCCAAUAUAAGGGAUCCGAUCUAAUGCCCUACAGCAUUUGGGGCGUGAGCUGCGCCGAGAUAGAGACCGAUCUUCUGACCGGUAGCAUUCAACUGACCCGAGUCGACAUCCUCGAGGAUACGGGCGAAAGCUUGAGCCCCGGAAUCGACAUCGGACAGAUCGAGGGUGCGUUCGUUAUGGGCAUCGGGUACUGGCUAACAGAGUCACUGGUUUACGACAUGACCACCGGUGCGCUGCUGACGAACCGUUCGUGGAACUAUAAGCCUCCGGGUGCACAGGACAUCCCGGUGGACUUCCGCAUUCGGCUUCUGCAAACGGGCGACAAUAAGUCUGGAGUGCUACGAUCUAAGGCCACCGGGGAGCCAUCGCUGACCAUGAGUGUAGUGGUGCUGUUUGCCUUGCGCUAUGCGCUACGUUCGGCGCAAAAGGAUGCCGGAAAACCGGAUGAUUGGAUUCCACUAGGAUCGGCUACGACACCGGAACAAAUUUUCCUAAAUGCUUCCAAUGCAAUUGAUCAAUUUAAACUGAAUUAA